AUGGCUCCUAGAAAACCGGGCGAACCAGAACCGGAACUGGAACCACCGGCCGAGGACGCACCCAAGCCGGCAGCUAAUGCAUUCGAGGAGUUGAUGGCCCCAAAACCAAAACGUCCUCCCCCACCCUCUCCAUCCCCGACCGCUGCCAUCGCUAGACGCUGGGGCGGCAUCAGCCGGGACGGUCUCGGCGCCUACCUCCAACACCCCGAGACAUUCCCCUCCACCCGCGUCAUCUACUACACCGACGACUUCGUCGCCGUACACGACCUCUACCCGAAAGCCAGUGUCCACACUCUCCUCCUCCCCCGAAAAGCCACCUUCAGCGACCAGCAUCCCUUUGACGCAUUCCUCGACCCGGCCUUCCUAACGGCUGUGAAAGUCGAGGCCGCCAAGCUCAAGGGUUUCGUGGCCAAGGAGCUCCAGAGACGCUUCGGCGCCGAGAGCGCGGCCGAGGCGCGGCGCCAGGCUGUUCUGGAUGGCGAGGUGGAGCUGGAGGGGGACGAUGAGGAGCUACCUCCCGGGCGCGACUGGGAGGCCGAAGUCAAGGUUGGCAUUCAUGCGCAUCCGAGCAUGAACCACUUACACGUCCACGUGCUCUCGAGGGACAUGUUCUCGCCAUGUCUGAAGCAUCGGAGACAUUACAACUCGUUUAACACGCCUUUCUUCGUUGAGCUCGCCGAUUUCCCUCUGGCUGAUGACGAUCCGAGGUUACAUCCCGGGAGAGAGCAGUAUCUGCGUCGGGAUAUGGUGUGUUGGAGGUGUGGCAGGAACUUCAAAAACCACUUCAAGAGCUUGAGAGAGCACUUGGAAACAGAAUUCGAGGAGUGGAAGCGCGAGUAA